GGAACAGCUUUCAUAACAUUAUAUGUAUAAAAAGAAACAGCAGACUCACAUGCCCAUGCUUCUGCUGAGAACUGCCUGAAGAUACAGCAUACAACAUGAUUUGCCUGACAGGAGUGAUCGUUUUGCUCUUAACAGUGACUGUGGAGGGAAGGGUUGGAAACUCAAGUAGUCCGUCCAGUUUUUGCACAGAGACUAAGGAAUGCUUGCUCUUUGACUUAGUGUGUGUGGGAGACGGUUAUGAGGUACGCCACUAUGAUGCUGUUAAGUGGGUGACCACAGAAGUUGAAUCCUAUUUCUUGGAAAUAGCAAUGCCAAAAGCCUUCAGAAAACUAUUCAAAUACAUCACUGGAGAAAAUGAGGCCGGUGCCAAGAUUGACAUGACUGCCCCGGUCCUCGUUAAAAUCAAAGAAAGUAUGAGCAAUUGGCAGUCAUCUGUCUUUGUGAUGAGCUUCCUGCUCCCAUCUGAGUACCAGAUCAACCCACCCAAACCUACUGAUCCAUCGGUAUACCUUACAGACACCCCUGAUAUGAAUGUGUACGUCAGGAGCUAUGGUGGCUGGAUAAUAUCAGUCAUCGCCAAAUCACAGGCUCAGCGUCUCAAGACAGCACUGGACAAUGUACAGGCCACCUAUGAGACAGAGUAUCACUAUGAUGUCGGCUAUAACAGCCCAAUGAAGAUUUUGAACAGACACAAUGAGGCGUGGUACAUUGUUAAGGGCGAUCCUGUGUGCCCUAAACCUGAAUAAUGUUUCUGUGACUCCUCUGCAAUAGUCUGUAAAAGAGCAACAUAAAGAAGGGAACUGCACUACAUGUUUCCUGUAUGUAAUUAGUUUAACUAAUGCAAUUAGUUUGACAAAUCUAAACUGCUUCUUUCAAUACUUUUUUUUUUCUGUCUUGGUGGUAGUUUGGUGUCAACAUUUGUUUUUAUACAAAUAAUAAAAAUUAAAAUUAAACAUUAAA